GCUGGGGGAUCCGAUGACGUCACGGGCCAAACACUCUCACACUCUCUCUAUUUCUCUCUCUCCCCUUUUCUAUUCUGGGAAGUGCGGCUAGGAAUAACCCCCCGUCUGUCUCUUGAUCGCAGGCUCCUUGACUGGGCUUCGGCUUCUCAAAACACUUCUCAAAACAACCAAGAAGAAUUCAGACAGCUUUUCUUCCGCACGCAGCAAUAACCGUAGCGUCUUGGGAGAGUGAGAUAUCCCUUGUCGGAAAGAAGUUGCUUUUAGCUAAGUUGUCCGCUUGCUUCUUUUUUCGCUUUUCGUUUGACGAUUUGGACUGUUAUGUCGUCAAAGAAAGAAAGCAGUGUGAAAUAAGAACCAAGCAAAAGGGUUGACAUUUUUGUUGGAUGUAGUUGGACGUGUUUGGAUGCACGGCACCUCGAAUGUGAUACGGGAGUGUGAGGUUGAUUUGUGCUGAGGUUAGUUUUGGACUGUGGGGAGAAGACACACCAGAGGCAAACACGAGUGGUCUGCAUUGUCUCUAAGGCCUGGCCAGGGAGAUUCUCUGAUCCCUAAUCGGCUCGCCAGCCUGACCUGGUACGCUGCAGACGGGUGGAGGAAGUCCACAGACGACACCGGACGUGUCACCAAACUCCCAGAAGAGCUGUUCCUGGCAGGCUGUGCUGGAAAAAAACCCAAAAGGCUUGAGAAGAAUCUACAUACAGCCAACCAGAUUGCAUUUCUGAAAGAAGAGCAUCAUACAGUUGCAGAAUUGGACAAAACGUCUGAAUGAACGGGCAUCUAUAGACAGGGCUACCUUACACUUGUAAAUAUAAAAACAUUGAGAGACAAAGUAAAGUUUACAUAUUCAGACCAUAAUAUUUAAAAAGUAAGUGGUCUGAUGCCCACAAAAGAGGGUUUGAGCAAUACAAAACAAGUGACACAGUCCAAAAAAAGUCAAAAUGGACAGACCUGGUGUUUAAGGCCUGCCCAGGUGGACAAGCAUAUGGCAUGUCUGCUAACUCUAGAGCAAUUUAACAAACUUCACCUUUGAUAAUCCUAGUAGAAGAUAAGAGGAAAAUGGAGCCGCUUGACUCUGCUGCUGCUGCUGGACAGAAAUGCACCAAGGAGCCUCGAGAGAAGAACCCACUACAAAGGAAGUGGGUCUCGGAGCCCACAGCUGGCACAAAAAGAAGCACUUUCGCUGACCCAGCAGGGAAACGGCACUCUCACCGUGAAGGGAUGCAAAGCGGCGGUGGUAGCAUUUCUGGCUCAGCACAAAAGUACAGCUCUGGAAAGCUGCUAUCAACUCCCAUUGGUCAGUCAUCCCAGGAGAACCAAUACACACAGCUAUUCCCCAGCACUUACUCCUACCAGUUACCACCCUCAUUUCCACAGCAGCCGAUGCAGGAGAGGUUCCUGGCGGGAGCAAAGCCACAGCCUGGCCUUGAGGCUCACGCCUGGCCUUUCGCUAGCCAGUUGCCGUCAUUUACCUCGGACGACGUGUUCCCCGUGCAUCCCCGUGGCCACGGGGCAGUCUUCCCUCGCAGGAAGUCCCCCAGUUUACCCGCUUCUUUCAGCCAAUAUUCCCAGUCCGGGAUCGAACCGCCGGAGGAGGGGCACAAAAAGGAGCAGAAACCCAAGAAGCCCGGGAAGUACAUCUGCCACUACUGUGGCAGGGCCUGCGCUAAACCCAGCGUGCUGAAGAAGCACAUCCGCUCUCACACCGGUGAACGCCCCUAUCCUUGCGUGCCCUGCGGGUUUUCCUUUAAAACCAAGAGCAAUUUGUACAAACACAGAAAAUCUCAUGCCCAUGCCAUCAAAGCAGGACUGGUCCCAUUUUCGGAGCUGGCAGGCGCCCGUGUUGACUUGGAUCAGGCGUCCUCAGUGGGAGAGGCAGAGGUACACUCGGAUGGUGAGCAAAGCACGGACACCGACGAGGAGUCAGCAGAGGCCUCCAUGUUCCUGGACAAGAACAGCCCCAUCCCCCAGAUAUCCUUUGAAUCUGACAAAAGCACAAUGGAGAAGGGUGGUGAACCAGCCUACGCUGAUGCGGCUGAGGAGCUAGCCAUAGCCCCCAUGAAAGUGCCUAUCUUGAUUGUCCCCAAGCAGGCAGUUCCCUCAGCAGCAAUGGAGUGUCCCCAGUUCACGGAAAUCGAAGCACCUCCCAUCAGCUCUCAAGUGGGCCGGAUGGACGAAUCUCACACUAUCAAGCAGAGGCUCGCCCUGAGGCUCACUGAGAAAAAGGGGCAGGACUCUGAGCAGUCUCUGAACCUCCUCAGCCCCCACAGCAAGGGCAGCACAGACUCGGGUUACUUCUCUCGCUCAGAGAGCGCUGAGCAGCAGAUCAGUCCACCGAAUACAAACGCAAAGUCCUAUGAGGAAAUCAUGUUCGGAAGGACCUGGUAUUACAGGCCAAACUCCAGGGGCAGGCAAUCCAUGACGGUCGGGAUGGCAGCUGUGGCUGGCCAAGACACUAAUAUAAUGGACUUGAAAGAUAAAUCUGGUGCCAUGCUUGAAGUAGGCAUGGGCAAGAUUGCUGAGGAUCACAUGUCCCAUCUCUUCUCAAAAGAUGAAAACAACCCAGCUAAACUAAAUGCUAAUGUAUUAUUCAGAGGUGACAGUGCAGAAUCUCAAAUGGUAACAGGCGGUGACUCCAAACAGUAUCCAUCCGUCUCUUGCCAAAGCAACACGGGUCUCCUUGAGGCUCCAUCUGAUUCGGGGCCACUUAUAAGGAGCAACUCAAUGCCAACAUCCUCCCCGACAAAUCUCAAUGUCCCACAGGGUCUAAGAGUGAGUCACUCCUUUGAUGAGAUGAUGACCCCUGAUGACGUAUUUUACCCUGGUUCAGCAGGUCUGAGGAGGCUUCGGAGACAGGCUGCUUUUGAACACUCAGCACAUGAAGGGCAUGCAGAAUCUGACAACUAUGGAAACAUCUCCAAGAGUAACUUCCCAGCUUCUGGAACAAUAAAACUUGGGGAACGUGGACCCCUGAUACCAGAAUUGAAAGGAUCUGGGCCAGAUCUGUCAUGUCCCGAUGUGCGUGUAACAUACAGUACAUAUGGUACUAAAGUAGGAAUGACAGAAACUGCCACAAGGAAGCGCAGAAAGGAAAAGAGUGUUGGGGAUGAAGAGGAUAGUCCUAGUCUGUGUGGUAGUGACCACAGUGGCUCUGUUGAAAUGCUUGUUUCUCCUGGAGAUUAUGAUUCAAAACAACCAGGUCAAGAAACUGCAAGGGCUACUCCCACUGGUAAAGGACACUUGUACAGUGUCCACAGCCAAUCAGAAAGCUUUGAUGCAGGUGCUAGCAUGUCUUCAGAAGACGUGGUGCUCAUGCCUGAAUCUGACAGAAAGACUGCUGGAAAUGUAAUCUCUGUAAUCCAGCACACAAACUCUUUAAGUAGACCCAGCUCUUUUGAAAAGUCAGAAUCAAUUGAGCACCCAUGUUACCAGCAAGACAGACUCCCUAGUCAAUAUUCUGAACAGUCAGAUACAGAACACAAUGAGGAGGUGCAGAGCCCAGACUCUCUUCUGAGGUCUGAAAGCAUGGAGCAGCAACAGAGUGACACUGAAGUGGGUGCCCUCUCAUCCAGUCAGCAGUAUCAUGUGCCCCACAAACUGGUGCGUCAACCUAACAUCCAAGUGCCUGAAAUCAGAGUGACUGAAGAGCCAGACAAACCAGAAAAAGAACCCGAGGUACAAAUUAAAGAACCAGAGAAACAUGUGGAGGAGUUCCAGUGGCCGCAGAGAAGUGAAACCUUGUCUCAGCUUCCUGCAGAGAAACUGCCUCCAAAAAAGAAACGCUUGCGUCUGGCUGAAAUGGAGCAUUCCUCUGGGGAAUCGAGCUUUGAAUCAACGUGCACCAGCCUCUCCAGGAGCCCCAGUCAAGAGAGUAAUCUGUCUCACAGCUCAAGUUUCUCCAUGUCCUUUGACAGGGAAGAAAGCAUAAAGUCGGUCUCUCCGACCAAGCAGGAUGACUUUGGAAAGCAGUCUGAAUUCUUAACGGUGCCAGGCAGUGGACACUCCCUCUCUAUACCAAACCAACACCAACACCAGAUGCGACGUUCCUCUUCAGAGCAGGCACCCUGCACGUUGCCCACAGAGGUUCCAGAGGUCCGCAGUAAGUCCUUUGACUAUGGAAGUCUUUCAUCCACAUCCAGGCAGGGAGAAAUCUAUGCCAGCGCCUCAGCCAUGAAGGAACGAAGACGGGGUUUCCUGGUACGACAAGCAUCCUUGAGUGUCUACCCAGAAACUGUGGUGCAAGAGCAGGGCCUGGAAAUGAAUGUUAAGCAAGAACACUCAGAACACAUACAAAGCGGCCUCCAUCUGUCACAUCCUGCUUGGCACACCACUCCUUCAUCUUUGGUUGGUUCAGCUCAAGGAACAACACCUAACGAAGUAGUGAGAUCCAAGAGGGGGAUGCAACCUAGCCAUCAUCAUCCAUUACAAUCUAGCAUCAGUGAGGAUAGCCAGCAAGAGGGCCUCCCGCCCAUCCAGAAGACAUCUCACCUGCCUGCCCAACAGCCUUCAGAGAGCGAGCGUCCACAUGAACCUCUCAGCCAAGAAAUAAUGCAGUAUUCUUCACUUCACAGCAGCUUGGUGCAACCUCCCUUCCUGCCAUUUCAGACAGGACUGUUCUGGCAUCCUGACCCAGCACAGAGACACAAACAGCACCUUGCUUUCCAGACACAUCAGUUACAAAAAAUGCAUAUCAGGCAGCCUAUUUCCCAGCCAGCUCACCAAAAGUCACUUCAGCUGCAACAGAUUCAGGAGCAAAGUGAUGGACAAACUGAUGGUGCAAGUAAUCAGACCUACCAAUAUACCCCUCGACUUCCCUCCCAGCAUUUUAGCCAUAUCCCAUUGAAAGCAUUUUCUACAAGCUCAGUGCUUUUGCAGCAAGUUCAGCCAAUCUUUGCCACUCAGAAUGCUGGUUCACAACCUGGUAUGCUAGUUCCUGUUAGGAUUCAGACUCAUGUGCCAUCUUACGGAAGUGUUAUGUACACAAGCGUUUCACAGAUCAUUGCUUCUCAUGCCCAGAGCACAUCUUCUGCAAAGGUCAUAUGCACAGACAGUACUUCUCAAGGCUUACUCACAAGCACUAGUAAGCAUGGAGCAGGGUUUAAUUUAUCACAGAUAUUGGGUCACCCUGCAGGACUCUUGCGCUAUCCACUCUGGAAGAUGCCAGAGCCCCUGUCGGGGAGACUCAAUACAGGGAUCCCCUUUUCCUUGACCUCUGGAACCAUCUCCACCACCGAUGCUUCUUCAAAUAUUGGUGGGAGCAAGCGUAUGCUGUCACCGGCUAGUAGUCUGGAGCUCUUCAUUGAGACUAAACAACAAAAACGGGUCAAGGAGGAAAAAAUGUAUGGUCAGAUUGUGAAGGAACUGAGUGCUGUUGAACUGAGCAACUCAAGUGUGUCAAAAGACAGUGGCACGUCGCCAAAGCCAGACCUUCAGAAAACCGAGGGCUCAGUUGACUACCAAGAGGGCAUGUCAUCUCCACCCCUGCUUGAUUUUCCCUCAUCGAAGACACCUCUGCGCACUUCUGCACCUCAUUUGCAAGAGAUACCGCCAACCGAGAGCUUCACUCCACCUUUACAGAUAGUGACAGACACCCGAGAUGGGGCUGAGUCCCCCGAGGAGCUGGAUGUAGAUGAAUCCACCCCCGAAGCCAGCUCAAGCCCGCAGUCCAUGCUGUCCACAAGUGAUACUCAAGAGGAGAUCAAGCAGACAGCGGGCAGCAAGAUACCGGUGAACAUGUUGGUACAGCUUGCCGCCAAUCAAGGAGGAGGCAUCGUGGGGAGCACCCUUCUGCUCACAGAUCUAGCCGAUGUUCAACAGUUCUUUCAGUUCCCCAGUCUUCGCACGACGACGAGUGUCAGCUGGUGCUUCCUGAAUUACACCAAGCCAAACUUUGCCCAAACUACCCCUCUAACCUCUGUUUAUGGCUCAUGGUCUGUCAGUUCUUAUAACCCCAACCCACCCAGCCUGAAUACCAAGACAACUCUAGCACUGCUCCGCUCAAAGCAGAGGAAGAACACAGAAACCUACACAAUGGCUCCCAUGUGUCAGCCUGGGACUGGCAAAGUUGUAUCAUCACUCUCUUGGAAACAGAAGUUUGAUCAGAUGAAGCCAGAGCUCAUGCAGCUAGAUGUGAGCAAAUUCGAGAAGAAAAUGAAGGGAAUCGGUUCAAGGGACAGAGUGAAGGAGGAUCACGGUGAAAAAGAGGUGUCUUCAAAGCAGACUGAGCCGACGCGCAUCAAAAUAUUUGAAGGAGGGUACAAAUCCAAUGAAGACUAUGUUUAUGUGAGGGGCCGGGGGAGAGGGAAGUACAUCUGUGAGGAGUGUGGAAUACGCUGUAAGAAGCCCAGCAUGCUGAAGAAACAUAUCCGCACACACACGGACGUCAGGCCAUAUGUCUGCAAGUUCUGCAAUUUCGCUUUUAAAACUAAAGGAAACCUGACAAAACACAUGAAGUCAAAAGCCCACAUGAAGAAGUGCUUGGAGCUUGGAGUGUCAGUGACAUCUGUGGACGACGCGGAGGCAGAGGAAGCCGAUAAUACUGAAGAAGGACAGAGGGAUUCUGGGAAGACGAGCCUGUCGGGAAGCCUGGCUGAACACCAGUUCUCCGAUGCCGAUGACUCAGAAGGCGGGGAAGAAGAUGGCGAUGAUAUCGACGAGGAUGACGAUGAGGACGACGAGUACGAGGGCGACUCGACGCCAAAGACCCGCUCCAGGAGCACGAGCCCCCAGCCCUAUGGGAUCCCCUCGCUGUCCGUCACCGCUGUCGCCGCCACCCAGGGUGCCUCCUCCGACCUCCUGGGCUCCGCCUCAAAGCCCCCGCUCAUCAGCUACUUCUCCAGCCUCCCCAGCAUCCAGAUCACCCAGCUGAUGGUGCCAGGCGAGAGGGCGGGCGAGGCCCAGAUGGCGGAGUACCAGAGGCUCCUGCAGGGCGCGCUCGGCGAAGACUACAAGAACCGGCUGGACGUGCCCAGCUCCAUGGACGAGGACUUUGGCCUGUCGCCGGAGCACAGCUCCUCGUCCUUCGACCUCUCGCCGUCACGUCUCUCCUCCCCGGGGUGCGACUCCUCUCCCCUCAGGGAACCCUCGCCCACGUCUCGCCGGUACCUCUCCCCCCGCCGGGACCUCUCGCCCCGAGGGCGUCUCUCUCCCAGGCGGGAGGCUUCCCCGCUGAGGCACAUCUCCCCGAAGAGGGAUGUCUCCUUUCGGAGGGACCUGUCGCCCAGGAGAGACCUCUCGCCCCGAGGGCACCUCACGUCCUUAUCCCUGGGAAGGCCUGUGUCCCCUGGGAGAGACAUCGCUGGCAGGAGAGAGCUGUCUCCCAGGAGCAGACACAGGGGCAUGAUCAGGCCAGUGUCACCCAGGCGGGGAUCACAUCACCACAGCGCCCCCUGGGUCCCAUUCCUGCAGUCGGAAAUGGUCCCACUAGGCCAAAGGAGCAGAAGCCAUGCAGAUAUGGAGAUGGAACAGAGGAAGAGUUCCCUGGAGGGCACCUCACACCUGCCAGGAGAGAGCCACAGCAGCCAGGAGCCCUCGAACUCCCACCAGGGUCUCUUCAGCCACCUCCCCCUCCACUCGCAGGUGCAGGUCCGUGCCCCCUUCCCCAUGAUCCCCAUCGGAGGCAUCCAGAUGGUGCACUCGGUGCCGGCGUCAAUGACGGGCCUGGUCCACUCCCCGCGGCUCCCGCUGCAGAAGAGCACGUCGGAGGAGUCAAGCACCAGCGAGGUGUCCUUCCAUUUCCAGGAGGGCGGCGCCAGAGGGCUGGAAGACUCAUCCCGGCUGCAGGAAAGGCUGGCGUGCUCCCAGGGGGGUUUGCUGGCCCGCUCACCUGGCCCGCCCGGCCCGCCAGCCCAGAAGCCCCCGGAGGAUGACGCAGACAUCACGGACACAGACAGCAAACAGGAGGAGAGCAUUCAGACUUGCACGAAAGCUAUUGCCUCCCUCCGGAUCGCCGGAGAAGAACCGCUGGAGAAGCCUGCGAAAACAGGUGAUCCCCACCCUUCCACUCAUCCUCAUCCCUGCCCUGUAGAUAACCCUCAGAUCAGGGUUCAGCACUUUAGUGGCUCCGAGAUGAGGCCCUCCCCGGCUGGUGCCUCGUCCGCCCCCCUGGACUCCAGUGCUGAAAAGGACAAGCUUGUUACAUCAAAGCCCGUGCCACCAGGCCACUCCGCUCUCUACAGUAAAAGUGCCGAGGAGAGAAUGCCAGGUCAACAGGGCCCGAGGGAACUGCCAACAAGCACAAAGAGGGCUAAAGAUUCAACAAAAGAAGCCAUGGAUGACAGGUGAAUGAUGGUGAAAGGGGAUGCUGUUAGAAAUUAAAGACAUCACAUGUGCUCACACACACACACACACACACACACACAAUAUUUAUGCACACAGGUUAACUCACUCUCACCACCAUAUACACACACAUGCACACACACACAUACAAACAGGUCUUUAAACAAGCAAAUUGAAUUAGAUGUUCUGUUUAAAUGUAUGUAUAGC